CAUUACAAAGCGGCAGAUCAGAUGAGCUGACGCGAAUGUCCAGUGGUUUCUUCAAGGGAAGAAAAACGGCCGCUCGACGGUCUGCUAGGGUCAGCAGUAAACAGUCUUCCACUUCUUCUGAGAUCAAAAAAGUCCACCCAUCACCUCAACUGACGCUGCGGCCACUAUUCUUCGAAGUGCCGUCAACAGACAACCGCGGCCACUUCUCCGGCAGACAGUGGCUCAUCAGGGACAUGGAAAAGGCUCUCGAAUCCAGUGCCUCGGGUAUCCUAGUGUCAGGAUGUCCAGGGACAGGAAAGACGGCGUUGAUCCUGCAGCUGGUGGAAUACUCCUGCUUCGGCAGGAAGAGGAACUACGAGUAUGAAGAGUUAAGGGAGCAGUCGGAUAUCAGGGAAAUGCUGCCCGAGGAGAUGACUGCCGGCAUGUUCACCCAUCUGGCUUCCCAUGUCGUUGCAUAUCAUUUCUGUCAAGCCGAUAACAACAGUACUUGCCUGGUGGGUGAAUUCGUCCAUUCGCUAGCUGCACAACUGUGCCAAGCUCCGAGACUGCAAGCAUACAGAGAGUAUCUCCUAAGCGAACCACAUCUCCUUGGAUGUUUAUCCUUAAAGGAAUGCAUAGCUGACGCAGAUCUGGCAUUCAUGAGGGGGAUAAUCGAGCCCCUUAUCUUCCUCCGAAGAAAUGGAAGCAUAGAUUCCACCAACAGCAUCAUCCUUGUCGAUGGUCUCUGCGAAGCCGAGUACCAUAGACCAGACCACGGUCACACGAUCGCUUCGUUCCUCGCAAGACAUGUGGCUGAAAUGCCCUCGUGGCUCAAAGUUGUAGCUACAGUCAGGACCCAGUUCAUAGACUUAACAAAACAACUGCCCUACGCGAGAUUAAGUCUAGACGAGUCCGAUAAUGUCAACAAAGAUUUAUUGGAAUAUUUCAACACUAGAGUCCAAGCAGCGCCUAUAAUAGAGACCAACAUAAAAUCAUCAACUGGAAAAUUGGAAGGAGUACACAAUUCGGUGAUGAAGUUCGCACAAUAUGUCCUCCACUUGAGCCAAGGCUCGUUUUUGUUCCUAAAAUUAAUAUUAGAUUUGUUAGAGAGGAGUCAUAUUGUGGUGAAGUCGACUAAUUACAAAGUGGUGCCGAUAUCCUUGGCCCAGAUAUUCUUGUUGCAGUUCAAUCUGCGUUUUCCAACUGUGCAAUCUUUUGAGAAGGUCACACACAUUCUCAGCGUGUGUUUAGCGGCCUUAUACCCUCUUACAUUGGUGGAGAUAUAUUAUUCUGUGAAUUCUUUGUUAGUGAACACGUUCCUGCCUUGGGAUGAGUUUUGCCACAGAUUCGACAGCCUCACAGACUUCCUCGUAAAGAGAAUCGACAAUACGUACAUGUUUUUCCACCCUUCAUUCAGGGAAUGGUUAAUCCGAAGAGAUGAUAAUGAGAGCCCCAAAUUUCUAUGUGAUUUGAGAGCUGGUCACUGUGGCAUCGCCUUUAGAUUAUCUAGGGUUCAAGCUCCACUGGACUCCGAGAAGUCUAUGGAGCUCGGUCAUCACAUUCUGAAAGCUCACAUGUAUAGAAACUUGGGACCUGCACAGCUAGGGUUAUGCCCUAGAGAUUUACAAGCUAUGAUGGUAGCAACAAGCUCAGCAAAUGUUGGUGAAGCGAUUGCUAAUUUGAGGAAUAUUUACACGCCCAAUGUGAAAGUAUCUCGCCUUAUGUUGUUGGCCGGUGGAUCUCCAAACCAAAUUACCGAGUGUCUUGGAAACGCUCCUUUGCUGUGUAUGUAUUCAUAUCAAGGGAUUCUGUCCAUGGUUGGGCUUCUUAUCGAGUUUGGAGCAGAUCUAGAAAUGACGAACUCUCAAGGCUGCACAGCUUUGUCGCUAGCGUGUCAACGAGGCCACACUGAUGUUGCCCGAAGACUUAUAGCUGCAGGCGCAUCGCUCAGUCACACAGACACAGCAGAACAAACUCCCCUGGUUCAUGCAGCAAAGAAUGGCCACCGAGACACUGUGAUCUACCUUCUCGGCUGCCAGACAGGCAGAGACGAUAGGAACUCCAUAGAAAUUGAUGAAGGGAGCAUAGAACAACUGGUACCUGGGUCUAGACACGCCUUAAUAGCUGCAGCGCAGAACGGGCAUUUGGAUAUUGUCGAAUAUCUGCUGGAUACUGCUGAAUUAAUUCCGGACGGCAUAUGCCCAGUAACAGGAGAGACAGCACUCACAGCUGCAUGCUCCACUGGUAACGCAGCCAUCGCCAAUGCUCUCCUUAUCCGAGGAGCUACUCCUUACUCUCUAAACGCGAGACAGAUGUCCCCCCUAGCGCUUGCAGCCAAGAACGGAAGGACAGCGUUAGUGUUGAGACUCCUGGAUUCCGGAGCAGACGUGAUGGGAUCCAAUGGGAAGAGUCCGUUGAUACUGGCUGCAGCGGAGGGACAUUCGGAUGUCGUUGAGAUGCUUUUGGAUCAUGGUGCUGAUCCAGACGCAGUGGAUGGUGAUGGUCUAUCACCACUGGGCUGGGCGUGCCUUCGCUCCAGGGUACCCACUGUGAUAACACUGCUCGACAAAGGAGCUACUAUUGACCUACCAGAUGGCAGCGGCAGGACACCGCUCGGCCUCGCGUGUGGAGGAUCAUCAGAUCUGGUAGAGAUAUUGCUGGAGCGAGGAGCGUCACUAGAGAGGGUCGACCAUAGCGGCCUCAGACCUCUGGACAGGGCGAUUGGACAGAGGAACAUACAGGUCGUCAACUGCUUCCUGAGGAAAGGCGCCAAGCUAGGACCAACUACGUGGGUGAUGGCAUCAGGCAAACCAGAAUUCAUGCUAAUCCUGCUAAACAAGCUUCUAGAAGACGGAAACAUGCUAUACCGCAAGAACCGCCCCUCGGAGGCCGCCCAUCGCUACCAGUACGCCCUGAAGAAGAUCAACCCGCUGAUCAGCGACGAGGGCGUCACGGCUCCCACCACUCAGCCCGUUCCACAUGAACAUGUCUCUGCUUUCGUGCAGCUAAAGACUAAUCUACUGCUGAAUCUGUCUAGAUGCAAGAGGAAAUUAAAUGAACCAUCCGAAGCUCUAGAUCUUGCCGCGAGGGCUUCAGUUCUCCGCCCAAACGCCUUCGAAUGCGCUUACGCUAUGUCCCGAGCGAUACUUGCUCUCAACAAGCCCUCAGAAGCUCUCCCGCACGCUAGAAGAGCUCUACUACUAGCGCCAUCUAACGAUCUUUCCGCAGUCAGGACUUUGAAGGCACUUCAACAAGAAAUACUGACGAGGAUCAACACAGGCUCUCACAGCCUCAACGGCGACACUAGGUCUAUGAGAAAUUUCGAUACAAUCAGCCUGAAUAUGCCUUAAUGUGAUAAACUAUCGAUAUUCUAUCGACUCUAAAAAAUUAUAGCAAUACUUAUAACAAAGUUUUUUUUUUAUUCAUAAUCAAUCUCAAAUGUUUUGAUAUUGUGGUAAAUGUAAUUAUACUCAAUCAAAUGGAUAAUUUGGUAGUGUUAUGAUUGCUUGUUUGGUGUCGAACGAAACGAUAUAUUUUGGUACAUUUAACUUUUGUAUGGUUAUUGUAUUAUCUGUAUAAACGAGAAAAAUAAAUUAUGAUUAAGAAGUAAUCAUACUUGCUGAACAAAUCGAUAGUCGACUAAAAUCGAUAUCUACGUAUUUUAAUCGAUAAAUGCAUUUUAAUCUAAGAGGAUUUUUAUUCGCUUAAAAUAUUUUUACUUAUUUUCAAUAAUCGUUCCAUUUUCCUGUAGAUAUAAAGAGUAUGUAUUGAAUGAGUUUGUACGAGAAUAAAUGAGUUUUUACAAUGUAAAUAUGUAAUCCUUACAUAUAAAAUAUAUGACAAUGUACAGCGUCGUAAUAAGAAUAGAUGUAAGACUCGAAUAUUGUAAACAGUAUAAAUUUUCGCUUGCCAUUUUAUAAAUUUGUGAAAUGCUUUAAUUUUUUUUUUUAUUGUUAUGAAUUCAGCUUUUAUUAUGAAAUGAAAAUUAUCAGCCAAGCUUAGGAUUUUACUUUUUUAUAUUUCAAAUUAGUGCCUAUUAUUGCAAUUUAAAAUAGAUUACUGCAAUUUUGUUAUUUAAGAGAUUUUGAGUUUAACUCAUAUGCCCCUUAUCUUGCUUCGUUCUAAUUUAUUGAAUAUUUUUUUUUUGAAAAAAUUGUACGUGGAAUUUAAUAGUUUGAUUAUUGUGAAGGUUUUAAUGUUUGUUUGUUUGUGUUGUAUGUAUUUACAAAUAAAAUAAGUCCUUAUGAUUGUAUGAAUAGUGGAUGUAUUUAUUAAAUAAUGAUUUUAGUAACAAAAAUAAAAAUACAAUAGAAAAAUUAUGGCAGUGCAGAGGAAAACAAUAGCAUAGAAAA